GCUGAGCCUUGAUAUGUGAUGUCCCGGACACCCAGGAGCAUCUCCGAGGGCCGUCUUGACAGCUUCUGAGUUGGGGUGAGCGACUCCUGGAAACCUGGCAGGAACUCCAACAUGACCAGAAAGAUCUUCACCAACACCAGGGAGCGGUGGAGGCAGCAGAACGUCAACAGUGCCUUUGCCAAGCUGAGGAAGCUCAUCCCCACUCACCCUCCAGACAAGAAGCUGAGCAAAAAUGAAACACUUCGCCUGGCCAUGAGGUACAUCAACUUCCUGGUGAAGGUCUUGGGAGAGCAGAGCCUACAGCAAACAGGAGUGGCCGCUCCAGGAAACAUUCUGGGCCUUUUCCCCCAAGGACCCCACCUGCCAGACAGGACUCUGCUUGGUGACUACCAGGUUCCAUCAUCCGGCUCAAGCCACCACAUUCCGUAA